AUGAAGUAUAAGCAUUGUCGUGUCCUGUUACUGUUACUGCACUACGGGACUAGCUGCACUAAAGCAUCACUCGAUGCAUUACGCCACAGUGACUGUCACUCGAGCACGGUAUCGAUGGAAACACGGAUCCUCGAGAAUUAUCUCACUAACCAGCACACUGUCACUGUGAUAGAAUCGAACAACGAAAUUCCGAUCAUGUCGCCAUACUGUCUGCGGAAUCCGGUUCCUUUGAAUGCUUUCACUCUUCACCGUUUUCAGCUAUUUGUCCAGCAAUCGUUACAACAAAACACCGAGCAGCUGGAGUAUCGUAUGAACGAGUGCUUUGUGGGAUCCGGUGUAAUCCAGGAACUGUUAACGGAGCUUCUGCCCUACCUAUCACAGUACAAUCCGCGUGCAAAGGUGCUUCUACUUACACAGGACAUGAUUGAUGAAGAUCUGGUUGAGCUUUUUCACGUCGGCUGGUACAAGUAUCGGCUGCUGCAGAUUAUUGUACUUAAUCGCCAUGGUAAUGACACUAUCGAAAGCUGUGUGUUUAAUCCUUUCCGGAAGGAACUGUCGCCGGAGCUACAAAUUUUGCCGACAUUUAAAUCUGAUCUGCACUGCAACCUACUGGAGGAUGGAACCGAACUAGAGUCGUAUAAUGGAGAAUUGAAUCAUUUCAUCAACAACCGGGUAUGCAAUCUGAACGGAUAUCCUUUAAACAUUGCGAUGCACGUUAGCAACGGUUCGACGUCGGCGUACGACUGCAUUCUGGGAACGGUUAGCUUUACCGACAUCGAUCAGGAGAUACUUUCCAUCAUGCAAAAACUCAUGAAUUUCAGCCUCAUUCUGCACAAAAAUGAACUAGAGCUAUCGAUCGGUUACAUUCAUCCAAACGGAACACCGGUCGGGACGCUUUGGUUGAUCGAGAACAACUUGAUCGAUCUGGCGGCAAACUCACGCAUCAUUCACAACUAUGAUACGAAGAAUUUGCUCUACUUGCACUACAUUUCCACGGAGAAACUGGUCUUCAUAACUCCGCGAAACUUUUUCAAAAAUCGAGACAAAACACAGGUCUUUAUCAAUCCGUUUAGCGUAGCUUACAUGCUCACGAACGUGUUGCUGUCGUUUGGUGUGCCGAUGGUUAUAUUCCUGCUCGAGUACGCAGCCUACCGAUUGGACGUGCCGCGAGAAACAAAGCACUAUUCAUUCGGUACCAAAACGCUCAACAUGGUGGGCAUUAUCUACAACGUGUCGGUAAAACUACCACGGGCUGCUCGCAAGCGCUGGAUAAUUGUUGGACUGCUAGUUUACAACAUAGUUUCAUAUCCGAUCUGGCAAGGCGUUACCAUCCGCUACCUUCACCCGAACAAUCAGCAGGUGAACAACAUCAACAGUCUGGAGGAGUUGAUUGAAACGGAUCUCGAGCUUAAGGUGUCUCACUAUCACGAGCACAUCGUGCGCCACGAAGGACCUCACCUUCAAAGCCCCGUUUACAGUGCACUAUCGGAGCGGUUGUCCACUAAAAACACUUCCUCGUUGCGUGAUUCCAUUGAGCAGAUUAUAAUUCACCGCAAUUCGGCGCUGCUGAUCGCUGACGAGUACGUACCGCUUGUGUUGGCUGGCAAUUACAAAUGGAUACCGGGUAAACCAGAUGCUAUAUGGCCGAUCCAGAAACCGAUCUACGAGUUUUAUAAAUCGAUGGCCGUUCCGAAGACAUCACCGUUCGUUGGCACGUUUAACGCAAUUGUUCUGCACUGUGUCGAAGCCGGCAUGAACGAUCGAUUCAUGCAUCAGCUUGAAACGGUGGUACAGUUAAUGAAAAUUAGACGCAUUCGAGAACAUCCUUCCGUGCCGGAUUACAUCGUGUUCAAUAUGGAGCAUUUGAUGCCACUGUUCAUAUUUUACUUUGCGAUGUUGCUACUCUCGGGUGGGAUUUUUAUCAUGGAGCUCAUAAUCAAGCGCGUCGAACGGGCACGUUCUCCGCAAGUGAUACAUCGUGUCGAAGAGUAUGUACCGUUUGAUUUUAUCCUUUGA